AGGGACCAUGUGAAGAUCAUACCUGCGUACUAACACAGCCAGUCACCUUACAACAACACAGCUCUCCUUUCAACUUGUAUUCCCCGACAACAGUGAUGCAGUGUGCACCUCUAUGACUUAUCCUGCCCUAUUCAUCUCUCUCGCUCUCCAUAUCAUAUUAUCUUGUGUUCUGAGUUUCACUGUCGCCCAGAACCCAGUUGAUACAUAUGCUCCGACAGUCAAUGUGAAUUGUCCAGAGACACCCAACUCGCUCGUGCGAACUUUCACACCACAGAAUCAGAUCCUGAACGCAUCAGAAACGGAGUAUAUCACGUCCAGGGAGUCCUAUGUAAUCACACAGGCGUGGUCUAACUGGCUUGGCAAUGCGUCGGAUAUAGGAUACGACUUCGAAAAUUUGGGGGGCAAAUUUCCCAGAAUUGGCAUUGCUAUUGGAGGCGAGGGAUACCGCACUGCGCAAUUUGGCGCAGCAGUAUUGUCAGGGUUGGAUUGGAGAAACACCACUGCCAGAGAGAGGGGGACCGGAGGACUGUUACAAGUCGCGUCUUACCUCUCAGCCUCGUCUGGUAGUUCGUGGCUGCUCGGGUCACUUCUAAUGAAUGAUUGGCCGUCAAUUACAGAACUGGUUUACGGGAAUGGACGAAAUUUUUCGGGAUGGAUGUUAGACCUUGACUUGAUAGUGCCAUCAUCACCGUUAGUCAACGAUAGAAAUAACCAAGAGUAUUGGGGCAGUAUCCUGGCGAGUGUUGAAUCAAAGGCAGACACACUUCCUACUAGUGCAACUGACCUAUGGGGUCGGAUGAUUUCAUAUCACUUCUUGAAUGAAACCACUCGAGGCAACUUCUAUACCAAUCAAACUGGUCACGGCGCUGGUCAACUAUGGUCCCAAGUGUCUCUCCUGCCGAGUUUUCAAAAUUACACAAUACCAUUACCGAUAGUAGCCGCUGACUCGCGCGAAGCAGGCUCAGGGUCGACGACGGCUGUGCCUCUGAAUUCAACUGUUUAUGAGAUUACACCUUUUGAAUUUGGGUCGUGGGAUCCAAGUCUUUCAGCAAUGCUACCGCUGAAGUUUGCUGGGACUUAUUUGGCAGACGGUCUGCCGGCUAACCCAUCAGCUUGCGUCACUGGUUUUGAUCAGGCGAGCUUUGUUAUGGGUACAAGUUCCAGUUUCUUUAACGCAGUCUUGAAUGUUACCGACGGCAAUUUUGGGUUCGAUACCUCUGAUGGAGAUGAAGCCGGCAUGAACUUUAUUUUUGACCAGUUGGUGUCGCAUACACCGUCCAAUGUCAUGAAUGCGGCCAACUGGCCCAACCCAUUCAAAGGUAUCAAUCCCGGGACUUUUCAAGACUCGUCUGCAGACCAGCUCGAACUCCUUGACGGAGGUUCAAACUACGAGAAAAUUCCCCUCAGCAGCCUGCUUGUUAAUGCUAGAGGACUGGAUGUAGUAGUUGUCAUUGAUGGUAGUGCGGAUGAUUCAAACUAUUGGCCAAACGGUACAUCACUGCUAACUACUUUCGAGCGGAUAUCAUCAAUACUCUCGUCUUCGCAUCAGCCGAUGCCGCCCAUACCUUCAACUGCUGCCCAGUUUGUUUCCACAGGCGUCAAUAUGCGCCCAACAUUUUUUGGCUGUAAUCUCACUCAGGGCCAACCAGCUUACCCCGUCAUCAUAUAUCUUCCUAAUGCGCCUCCGCUAGAUGGUAGCGCGCCAGCCACGAACACUGGUGAUACACAAUUCUCCUACACAUCCAAGUUCACGGCCGUGUUCAUAAACCAAGCGUUCUCGAAUACCUUGGGUGGCUUCGAACCAAACACAACUUCUCCGGAUCCGUAUUGGGGACAAUGCUUGCAAUGUGCUGCAAUCGAUCGCGCAGUUACUCUACGAUCCGAUUUCUGCUCGCAAUGUUUUGCCCAGUAUUGCUACGAUCCAAACAAUCUUCCAAGCAAAUCAGAACUCCCAAGCAGACAAUUUGCAUUCGUGGACCCUGAUCCGGGCGGUCUGCAGAAAGUUGAACAAUGGUUAGAAGUCAAUAAGAGCUCACUGGCAGGGAUUAUUGUUGCCAUCGUAGUGGGUAUUGCAGGGGUUGUCGGUUUUAUUUUCUGGUGGCGGCGGAGGAGAGCACGCAUGUCUACGUAUUCUCGUGUCGACGAGAUUCGAGAGGAUGACGAACCAUGGAGGUAUUAUGAUAGUGGCUCGUUGGAACUGACGCCUCGAAUGACGAUCACAUGAUUCCCUGGCACGAUCUCAGCUGUCAGAUGACAGUAUUACUGCCCGUCUUUCCCGCAUCAUAUACUAUGCUUCAUAAAGGACUACGGGAUAUGGGUAACUAGAGGUAUGUCGAACUCAGAUUGCUAUCACUAGUACUAUUGUCGUUAUAUAUACCUCGGAGUCGCACUAAUGACACGUUAAUUGAUAUACUCUCGGUACCAAGUCGAUGCGAUCGUCUAUACCGUACACAAAUGCACGUCAUGAUCGAUUGAACUUGUCGUUGAUAUAGAGGGUGAUAGUGCACUUCCCAGUCUUACGACUUCGUGAAAACCGUCUUUAUUUACGCGCUGGUGCUGUCUGAUGUCA